UCCAGCGCUUGAAAUAGCUUCCAGGAAUUUGAGCAGCUUCCAAACACAGUUGCUAAUAUUUAGACAGCUUUUUGAUCACAUUAGCAGCACAUACACAUACUUGCUGGCAUGCCCCAGAACCAAGGAAUGUGUGCUCGUCGAUCCAGUCUUGGCGCAGGCAAAGCGCGACUUCCAAAUCACUCAGGAUCUAGGAUUAAGCAUAAAGUACUCAGUAAACACUCAUAUGCAUGCUGACCAUAUCACUGGAACUGGAUACUUGCGGGUUCUAUCUGGAUGCAAAACUGUAAUAUCCAAAGCCAGUGGGGCUGAUGCGGAUAUUCAUGUUCAGGAGGACGACGAAAUCGCGUUUGGCACUCAAAAGUUGAAGGUUUUGAGCACACCUGGACAUACCAAUGGUUGUGUAACCUACUACAGCCCAGAGCAGGGUGUUGCUUUUACCGGAGACGCUCUUCUAAUCCGAGGCUGCGGACGGACAGACUUUCAAGAAGGAAACCCGCGAACGCUUUACAGAAGCGUCCAUGAGAAGAUUUUCCGCCUGCCAACUGCAACGCUUCUUUUUCCAGCCCACGACUACAAAGGAUUAACGUGUACCACUGUGGAUGAGGAAUCCAGGCUCAAUCCUCGAUUGAGCAAGACGGAGGAUCAGUUUGUGAAAAUCAUGAAUAACUUGAAUUUGGAUUAUCCUAAGCAGAUCGAUCGAGCUCUACCUGCCAACAAAGUAUGCGGAGUCUACGAUAUCCCCCAGAACCCCUAGUGUUUUUAAGAAUAACUCUGUUAUAUUUAUGUACUUCUAAGAACGUUACUAAAUCUUUUCUUCUACUCAA